AGGUCCGCCAGCAACCUGUGGAUGGUUGUGGGUUUCCCCCGGACUCUGCAUGGGUCCCUCUCACAAUAAUGGUGGCCGCCAUCAUAUAAGUGAAAUAUUCUUGAGUAAUUCAAAUAAAUCAAAUAAAUUUAAUGGUUUCAUUGGACUGGACUGCCUGGGAAGAACACUGUAUGGCUGAUUUCCAUCCUGGGUGUAUGGGAAUGUAUCAGACAGACAGGUUUCACUGGAACUUAGGUCAUUAUUUAUACCCUAAAAAUUGUUACGGGGCGUCUGAGUCAUUGCAUCUUUUGCUGGAAGGAGGAAAAUAUCUGGUUGUUGAAAAAGGCAAAGCGUUUGGAAGUGACCAAGCGUCAUAUUCCAAAUCCCAGCGAUUCUGAUGUAGUGCUAGCUCGCCACUGCAGGAGAAGGACACGUGGCGCCGAUGAGACUUAACGUCUUAUCUCGAAACUGAUCAGUUCCAUGGAUCGUUACAAGGGCUUGGAAAUUCUUACUGUGCCCCUCAUCAACACUGAGAAAAUGAGAGACAUUUGGCAACAACAGAGUCGACAUGUUGGUUGUAUCCAGGACCCUGAAGCUAUCCAGUUGUACACCUGCACGGGUACUGUUGCCAAUGAUGUAAACUUUCAGGUUUACCUCCUUGAUGGUGUGUACAGGUGGAAUGAGGACAGAAGACGGGAUGCCUUAACCAGUAAAGGAGGAGCUGAUCCCAUCUCCUAUGAUGGUCCACUGCAGCAAGCAGUCAACAAGUUGUCGUCAGAGGUGCCGGGGAAAACAUUUUGUCCAAAUUUUGUACCACCAAAAAAGUAUAUGGGUAAGAAAGGCAUAAGGAUGUCACAGUUCCAAUGCUGGAUGCUGUGGCAUCUGAGGAACAAGUGCAGACAGGGGAGAUUACUAUGGCCAUCAGGUACGCCUCCUGUGACCUCUGCUUCAGAGUGAUCCAUUGACACAACGGCUGUUUU